GACGCUAGACGGCGCUGAAGCUCCACACACAGAAAAAAACCCAUUCAUUGCGUGGCCUGUCCUCUUCUCCUUGACUAAUUUGAGUAAAAGGUCAUGAAUGAUUGAGACAAUAUUUAAAGAGGAGUUUUGUUUUAGAAAUUAAUGAUUUAAUUGGACAUUUUCAGGUUCUACAGUUUUCUUAAGAUGUUGUGAACUCAGGUACAUCUCUUCAGGAUGUUGCGUUCCUGUUCCUGUUACGUUACCUCAUGAACUGAGUGAUUAUUAAGACGGAUCGCUUGAACAUCCGAGCCGAAUGAAAAACCGUUCGUUUUUCACUAAAGUCUGUCCAUUUUUAUCGCACUUCUUUAAGAAGUUGCUAAACUUUGCCACGAUGAGAAGACUUUUAACGAGAGUCAUAAACCGAGUUUUGCUGGGACAGCAGUUUAAAGCAACGAUGAUAGGAGCUGAAGCGGAGAUUCACACACAAGGUCGGAGAAAGUUGGUGGUGGGGCUCGGGAACCCGGGGAUGGAGGGUACCAGACACAGUGUUGGGAUGGCGGUGCUGGGAGCGCUGGCUGCCCGGCUCGGUGUGGCUGAUCGUUGGCACGGCGACCGUCAUGUAUCCGGUGAGGUCAUCCUGACGGAGGUCCAGCAGGCCCGCGUGGUUCUGCUCCGUCCCCGGCUGCUGAUGAACGUCAACGGGGUGUCGGUGGCCAGAGCGGCUGGAAAAUAUGGAGUCAAGCCCGAGGACAUCCUGCUGGUCCACGAUGAACUGGACAAACCUUUGGGGAAAAUUGCCGUCAAACAUGGAGGAAGCGCCAGGGGUCACAACGGAGUUCGAUCGUGUGUCGACUGUCUCCAGACCGAUGUGAUGCCCAGACUCCGGGUCGGGAUCGGCCGUCCAUCCGGGAAAACCUCCGUGGAGCGCCACGUUCUGAGUCGGUUCACGACGGAGGAGCAGAAGGUUCUGGAAGCGGUUCUGAUCCAGAGUGUGGAUCUGCUCGUCUCCCAGCUGUCCCAGCAGGACGCGCAGUCUGCCUCCUCACCAGCAGGGGGCAGACGAGCAGCGCAGCACAGGAAGCAGAAGGAGGACUCUACAGUUGUGAUGUAGCCAGUAAAGAUGGCCGCCUGAUGACAGGAGGAGAAACUCCAGAAAAUAUUUGAUCUCCAGUGUGAACUGCAAACGACCUGAAAGUUUCCUGCAUGAACAGUAGAGGGCGCAAUAACGUUGCACACGUUGCUCAGUGUUUUUGCCAACCACCAUAAAAAGAAGAGAAGAAGAAGAAGUGCUCGGUGUUUGCGGGUAUCCAGACACAGAAUGGUGACGUUUGUCGAGUAUCGACGACGUUCAGGUCUGAUGAACUGGCCGGAAAAACUCGGGUCACAUUGGAAAAGAUCCGAUACACGUCGAGUUUAGUAACACGUUUCUGAGCGGGUCGCGUUCGAAAACAUCUGAGCUGUUCAGGCUCAGGAAAGGUCAGACGCAGGUCACAUUCAGGCAAAAACUGCCUUAGAGGGAGAAAAACAAAAACAAGGUGCUGUGAAUUUCUAUAUUUUUCUGUUUUCAUCGAGAUCUUCAGGAAAAACUCAUGGGAAAAAAAUCUAAUCAAUCAAAAUAUAAAGAAACUAUUUUAUAUAAUAUAAUUUGGUAGCAGGAGGAAGAAACUCCGGCGCUCAGACGUACUUUACAUCAGAAACAUUCAGAGUUAAAGCAGUUAAAAGUUUAACAGUUAAACUUCAAAAGGGUUUUUUAUGUAAAAACAAUUUUCAUUUGAUGAUAUAAUAUCACUGACUUUAUUACUUUUAAAAUUGUUUGUAAAAUAUUAUGAAUUGCCAUCAUAUAAACAAAAUAAAUUGAACAUUGCAAUGAAACCACCUGAGCAUCUAUAAAACAGUCUUCAGUCAGAAGUUACCGUUGGAUUACAGACUGCUACAGGAGAUUCUUCCUGCAUUCAAUUCUUAGAGGAAACUUAGAUAAUUAGAUUUACAACAUUAAUUUUCCCUUUGGGUUCAGUUAAGUAUCUGAAGUUGAGUUUCCUGUCAGCUUUGGCUCAAAUUCUCCAGAUCCUGAAUUUACUUCACUCCCAGUAAAACUCAGCUUUAAGAGUUUCUAUAAAACCAAAGAGUUUCUUUAAUUAUUCAUUUCUCAAAAUGAAACUGCAGCAUAACGACGUGGCACCAGAAGGUUCUGCUGCUCUCGGGUCCAGUUCAUCCAUACAACUUAUAGUUUUUAGUCUUUAGCUGCAUUUCUGUUAUAAAUGUGAACAAAAUCAUUCCAACGGCCACAAAUGGCCCCGGGGCCACAGUUUGAUCACCGGACCUGAGGAAGGAGGCUGGCUGCCAUGUUGUCAGAGUAAACUACUCAAUUAGAGUCGCACUAUUGCAACUUGUUUCACUCAAGUAAAAGUAAAAAGAAAUUACUGUGGCAAGAGUAAAAACGUAUUUGGUAAAAGUACAGAGUAACUGAUCCAAUUAUCAAUCGUUUAAUAUUUAAAAAUGACAUCAUCAGACGGAUCAAAACAUAAAGUUAAGUGGACAUUUUGGUAUUUUAGAACCAAAAUGACAAUAAUUCAUAUAAGUAACACAAAAUAACAAAAUCUGGCAAAAUAUUUUUUUCUAUUUUAGUUUUUCAAUAAAUAAAAACUUCAUUAAAGCUGCAGGUGUGUGUUUGUGUGUGUUUGUGUGUGUUUGUGUGUGUUUGUGUUAUAACAUGUUAAAUUUUACUCCAGUAAGAGUAGAAAUACUUCAUAAUAAAAUUACUCAAGGAAAAGUAAAAA